AUGAACGCCCUCAAACCGCAGCAGUUGGAUCCGAGGCUGGCAGGCCUCGUGCAUGGCAUAGAUCUGCAGGCCCUCAGCCGCGUCCCUGCAGCACGCCUCGAGACAACUGCAUUGCCCAACAUUGGCACGUUGGAACUCGUCUCUCCCGAUGGAUUCGAACGUGACUACCAGCAGCUCUACUUGAGCAUGUUUCAUGGUGGGGAACGCGAGCGCCCAGAUCUAAUUGUUCAACGCCUGCGAGACGAUCUCGACGGCCGCCGUUCUGGCCUUGCGCCCUACCGCGUGGUGGGCAUUCGAGACCAUAACGGCCAGGCGGUCGGAGCUGCCCAGUUCUCCGUCUUGCCGCUGCCCAAGCUCGGAUACGCUGUGCCUUACAUGCAGUAUAUCUACAUCCGCUCUCAGAAUAGACGACAGGAUUUGAGCGAGGUGUUGCAUACCAUGGCUCUGGCCGUGGCCACUGCAGACAGUGGCAUCGACGGCGGACAAGGAAUCGUUCCGUUCACGCUUUUCGAAACCGAGCCUCCCAACCACGGCACCACCGCUUCCAGUCAAUCGACUGCCACCAAGAGAGCGCAGAUCCACGCGAAGAGCGGUUCAAGAGGGAUGAUGCUGGUCGACGAGUCCGGCCAACUCUGCAGCUCGCACGUUCAGCCCGGACUGGAAUUCGGCGAUCGCCCAAUCACCUUGACUUGGGCUAUCCGUCCCUCACCCGCUCCGCAAGACUCCUCCCAUUUUCGCAUCGAUGAUGAGCUUGGUCUAUCCCUGCUGACCGCGUAUUACCGCAGUCUGCGCGAGGAAGGCUUUCGCGAGGAGAAUGUCGCACUCGCUGAGAAUAUGGCUAGAGCACGAUGCACGGGAAGAAGAUUCGUAGAGAUUGCGCUCGACGCUAUUACCCCUGCUAUGUAUCAGAACUUGGAGCCGGCGGAGUCACUGCCAUAG